UGUCAGCUGACUUCUAUUCAUAUGACUGCUGUUAGCUAGAAACCUUCGGAGAUUAGUCAAUAGGACGCAGAGGGCGACAUUACAUCUUAAGUUACAUUUGUGUCGCAAUUAGCCUCCGGUUUCCUCGUAGCUUGUCGCUACACGUUAAUUUCGUGUUUGCUUGUGUCUGGAGCAAUUAGAAGCUAGCAUGUCGAGUUAGCUACCUCAAAGAGACUGGUUGGUCUAUUAGUGAAAAUGGAUAAAAUUGUGAAAGAUGUUGGGGAAAUCCAGUCCCGGCUGCUCGACCACAGGCCCGUUAUCAAUGCAGAGAUCCGUUACUUUGUGAGGGAAUUUGAGGAGAAAAGGGCUCACAGGGAAAGUCGGCUACUGGAGAGCCUGAGUAAAGUGGUGCAAGAAGCAAAUGAGCAAGUGCUUCCCUCCGAUUUAGAGGGUAUGAAGCAGCAGCUCUCCGAUGUCAUUGCUCGAUUGAGGGCUGCUAAUCACAUGGCAGACAGAAUCCAGCAGAGGGAGCUAGAAGCCCAGCAGAGCAGCCAGCUGCAGGAAAACAUGGAGCGUAUGAAAGAUGAGUGGGCGGACUUCCUGAAGGAGCAGCAGCGAUGGAAGGAAGAGGUGAGCGAAGAGCACGCUAAGGCAGUCGGACAAGUCAGCACUCGGUACAGUGAGAAGAAGAAGGACCUGGAUAAGUUGUUGUCAGAUGUUUAGUCAUUGUGCGCGUGUGGUUAGAAGAGUUCUUUCUGCCUCUGUUUUCAAAUCAUGAAUAUUGAUGUGUGAUUAAUGUUGUCGUUUCGCAUACAGUACCAUCACAAAUCACUGCACAGAAUGAGCACAACGGGAAAAAGUCUGGAUUAUGUCACUUUUAAAUGCGCCCCAAAAAAAACAUCCCAAAAAAUCUUGGCCAAGCAAUAAUGAAUUCCUACUUGGAAGGGCACUGAUGCAUCAUUUUCGUAAAGGAAAAGGAUUGUUCGAAUUAGCCUUUGCAAAAAAAGUGAGGGGGAAACAUGCCGAGCAGGUGUGUUUAAAGCACAGGUCAAGUGUUGUAGAUGUGAGUGCAAACAGAACUUUUGUUUCCAGAAUAAAUCACCGGCUCACUCGUGUGGAACAUUUGAGCCCUGACGUCUUCAAAUAAAGCGGCUGUCUGUAAAGUAACGUUCGUGACGAACACCACUUGAACGAUCAGUAACGGCUGCUUCUGGUUUGCUCCGCCACAUCAAGUCCACUGUUUGUACUGCCGCUUUGGCUGCGUAAUGUUGCCCCGUGCACGUGAAAAGGAUGACAUGUACACUGUGUACGUUUCAGUCACGGUCGGGCCUGGUGCUUUCGGACUACAAAUGCAGCAAUAAACACAAACCCGGAGUCUUAGUUUCCUUGAGCUGUUGUUCAACUGAUUUAUACAUCACCAUCCAGCCUGUCAAAUGACAGCCAAUGCUAACCGUGGAAGAAUGCACAAUACGCUAAUCAGCCACCAUUUUGCUCAAUGACAAACUAUUAGAAAGAACACUCAGCCCCAUACAAGGAAAAAUCGGUUUUACUGGUUUAGUCGUUGGACUAGUUAUUACAAAUUGGAUUAGCCAUUACCAAGAAAAAAAAAAUAUGGCUAUGAUGAUGAUCACAGUACAUCUCAAUGAUGGUAGUAAACCAUUUCUGAAAUGUUAGCCUGGGAUGUUUGCUAAAGUUUGUUAAUACGAACAAUACAGUGCAGCCUUUUGUCACAUUAUGGGGAAUUCGUCUGUAAAAUGUGAAGUAAAUUGAGCUUCCUAACAUUUCUUCAAGCUCAAUCGGACACCUGAAUUGUUCCAUUAUUAUUGAAGUACUUCAUUUAUGUACAAUUAUAUUAGUGUACGUACAUGAUUUUGUUGAAUGGUUUGGUUGUUGAUGGAACUGUAAUCCACCAUUCUCGCCACUAGGUAGAGGAAUUACACUUUUAAUGUGUUUACAUUGCGGCACGGUGGGACGACUGGUUAGAGCAUCUGCCUCACAGUUCUGAGGACCCGGGUUGAAUCCCCGGCCCCGCCUGUGGGGAGUUUGCAUGUUCUCCCCGUGCCUGCGUGGCUUUUCUCCGAGCACCGCGGUUUCCUCCCACAUCCCAAAAACAUGCAUUCAUUGAAGACUCUAAAUUGAAUGUGAGUGCGAAUGGUUGUUUGUUUGUAUGUGCCCUGCGAUUGGCUGGCAACCAGUCCAGGGUGUACCCCGCCUCCUGCCCGAUGAUAGCUGGGGUAGGCUCCGGCACGCCCGCGACCCUAGUGAGGAGAAGCGGCUCAGAAGAUGGAUGUGUUUUACAUCCGUUUGGGUGUUGGAACAAUUGAGACGUUAUCCUGAAGCUUUCUGCUGGGAUGCGUUGUGGUCAUCUGUAUAAUGAUUAUUAUUUAUUGGCUAUACUUAAGCUUUCUUUUUAAUCAAACGACCCAGUUGUGCACAUAAGAGUUGCAGCACAAAGGUAGGACCACUAGGCACUUGGGCGUGCUUGUUCCAUAAUCAAGGAAACAAAAUGGGCACUCUGGAACAGCAUCAUACUGUGCAUACAGAAAGUCUGCACACCCCUAUUCAAAUGGCAGGUUUUGGCGAUUGUAAAACGAGCACACCGACCGUGAAGCAUGGUGGUGGCAGCAUCAAGCUUUGGGGCUGGUUUUCUUCAGCUGGAACUGGGCCCUCAGCCAAGUCGGAAGGGAUUAUAUACACUUCUAAGUACCAGUCAGUGUUAGCACAAAUCCUUCAAGCUUCUGCUAGAAAGCAAAAAAAGAAA